CAGACGAAGAAGAGAAGUCGGCCUACACCAUUACAGAUGUUAUGCACCCUGGGUUCUCCUUUAAUGGUAUUCAACGACCCAUGAAUACGGUUGGGGAAUAUUAUCUUCAAGUCUGUGGCAAGUACCACUUGGAUUGGCAUGCACAUCAUGCACAAACGGGGAUUCACGAUUUUCUUGAGCCACCGCGACCCAUCAUUCGAAAACCCAUAAAUUUGCGUCAUGAGUAUAAUAUAGCGGAGUCAAAGUUGACAUUGGAGUUUGUCUUGGAACGUGGAAGCUACGCCAAUGUUGCCAUCAGUGAACUUAUGAAACUGCUUCGUUGUGCUGGAUCAGAAAGUAUUCUUCUCCUUCCUGCCCCGGAGGGCAUCUGGGACAUUGGAAGCCGUGACCCUGGGUAUGUGAAGUCCAUGCAGGACAUCUACAGUGGGUUUGAGGAUGGCCUUGGCUUUGUGACGGAUAAACACGAUUUGCCGUUGGUCGGGGAGGGGAAGGUGUGGGAUCAUGACGGGCCGCUUUUUUUACCAGAUAGCGCCGAUCCUGUCAGGAAGGCGUAUCGAUGGGGCGAACAGCACCUUCUGCGAAACAUGGAGCGCCGUGAGCGAGAUGAGGAGGCGAUGAAGAUGCGUCUUUUUGAGAAGCCUCUGGCAAGGACACUCAAGGACGGUGAGGUGGCCCGGUACGCCGGACACACUGUCCCCAUGCUACCCAACAGCAAAGCAAAGAGGGUGUUUUUCACCGUUUUGCGUCGACAGCAAAGAUUCCCUUGUGCUCCAAAGACGGUGCCGCGUAUCCGGCGUGGAGCUGAGGUGCGCAACCGGACCCCCGUAAAUGUGCCGUUCAAGACCAUCAACCGAAAUACUUGGAAUGUUACAUGGUGA